UAGUAAGAUAAAAGAAAAAAGCUGUAAAGAAGGUCUAAGAGUACACCAAACUCAGAAGCAGGACUGAAUCCAGGACCACGACCAGGAGCGGCCCAGUUCACCAUGUCAGACUCCAUCAGAAGAAGAAGCUCCAGCAGGCAGCUUCUGCAGAACCUCAUCAGGGUGACAGCACAGCGGAGCCAGGAGGAUGCUGAAGAGAUUGAGCGGGAGAGAAGGAGAAGGGCCAGGGAAAAGCAGAGAGGAGAGAAGAGCCCGUCCUGGCUCGAGCCCACCCAACAGAACCACUACACACAAAACACAGAGUCAGAUGAGGAGCUGAAGCCCAGUUGCUCCGUGGGCCUGGAUGAAGAUGAAGGUUUCAGUGACUGGAGCCACAGGCUAGAAACCCGUAAUGAGCAAGAGAUGCAGAAUGGCUGCAGGGCAAAGGAGCAGAGACCUUCAGCAUCACCACCAAACCCUCAGAGUGACCAACAUCAGGUGGAUGAAGAGGGACAGGAGGAGGCAGGAGGACUAGAACCAAGGAGUAGGACCCAGGACACUUCAACAGAAGCUCCAGUGAAGACCUCGAAUGACAAAAAGGAAGUCAGGACAUCUUACAGCUCAUCGGUCUUCUUGGCACACGACACAAGGUUGCAGCACACAACCUGCCGGCCAGCAGAUAUGACAUCGUAUUUGGCAGCAGGAACAAUGAAGCCACGAUAUGCUCCCUACUCACUUGAAGAAGCCUGCAGGGUGAAGGGGGAGGUGGAGGUGCAAAAGGAACAGGAGGAGAAGAAUGAGAAUAACAAGCAUGAGCAGGAGAGAGAAGAAGAAGAGGUGCAGCCAACUCUGCAGAAAGAGAGGAGGCCGACAGAAAGCAGACAGACUCCAAGAGAUGAUGAACAGGAGGAAGAGGUGGACUUCACACAUGAAGUGAAGGAAGACCUCCACCACAUAAGGGUGUGGCGACACAGGGAUGACAAGAAUGAGGCGAGGGAGGACAAUGAAGAAGAAAGAACACUGCAAAACAAGCGACUGACAGACAGCAGAGACCAGUGGAGCGAGCUGGAAAACAGAAGCUCUGCCAUUUCUCUCUGCAACAGCAGUGAAGGCGAAGAGUCAUUAAACUGCUACGGUCCCAUGAGUCCAACAUUCAAGAAACUCCUCAUACAGUUUUACCCAGAUGAAGUGAGCAGCCGCAUCACAGCAGAUGGUAAAUUCAAGAUCACAGAGCGAACAGAGUCUCUGAGGAGAAGUACCAGCAACAUAAAGAAGACACUGCCACCUCUUCCUGUUUCCAAGAUCGACAAGAGACUGGAACAAUAUACACACGCCCUGGAGCUCUCCUCAAAGGAAGGCAGAUCAGGCUGCCAGACAGUGACUGAUCUCACUGCUCCCACUGAACCAGUUGCAUCCAAGAAGAACCUGUUUGAGGCCGGAGACGCCUGGAACCAAAAUGCCACCUCGAUCACAGCAUCUAAGGACGCAGAUGCUCUAAAAGUGGGUGUUGCUGAUCUCAUCAACCAGUGGGUGAAAGGAAGUGAAGACGGAAGCAGAUCUAGCUCCCCCUCCAAACCAGCCGAAAUCAACCCUGGUGGUGUUUUAAACAAGAAAAAUUUAUGGGAGAGCCUUGGAGACACGUUAUCGUCUGGGAAAGAAGGAAAGGAGAGCUCCACUGGCAAAAGAUAUAAAUUUGUGGUGACAGGUCACGGCAAGUAUGAGAAGGUUUCUGUUGACAGCGGAUGCAGUGAGGACAUAAACUGCCAGUCAGUUGGCCACUUCUAUGAAGAUUUGUAAAACGCAUGUUGGAUUUUGAAAGUACAAUGCCACUAUCACUUGACAAUUCUCUGUAUUUCUGCCUUUAGGUUGGGGAAAGUACUUAAAUUUUCUGUUUCUUGUGGCACUUUGUUGUAAUAUUGCAAAAUGUAGUGAAGCAAAAAGUAGGUCCUAUCUCUGUUUAUACUAUAUUUUUCUGUGAAUGAUAUCUGAUGGAACUUAAUACAUCUUUGACUACAGAUAAAUAAAUUCAGUUACACUGA